GGGCUUCAGUGUUUUUAUGAGUACUGUUCCUUUAAAUGUCCGCUCUCGUGUCUCUAACGGUGACGUGUCUCUCCUCCUCUUCUCCUCCCGGCGCUGCUCAGAAAGAUUCACGCCGACCUGAUUUUCACUUUAAAAUAAGCUGAUUGUCGGGACAUCAUGGGCAUCAAAUUCUUGGAGGUGAUAAAGCCAUUCUGUGCAGUGCUGCCAGAGAUCCAAAAACCAGAGAGAAAGAUCCAGUUCAGAGAAAAGGUGCUAUGGACUGCAAUUACUCUUUUCAUCUUUCUGGUGUGUUGCCAGAUUCCUCUUUUUGGCAUCAUGUCCUCAGACUCUGCAGAUCCUUUCUACUGGAUGAGAGUCAUCCUGGCCUCAAACAGAGGUACUCUGAUGGAGCUGGGCAUCUCACCUAUUGUCACCUCAGGCUUGAUAAUGCAGCUGCUUGCAGGAGCUAARAUCAUUGAAGUCGGGGAUACCCCAAAGGAUAGAGCCCUUUUUAAUGGAGCUCAGAAAUUGUUUGGGAUGAUCAUCACCAUCGGCCAGGCGAUCGUGUACGUGAUGACUGGCAUGUAUGGAGAUCCAUCAGAGAUGGGUGCAGGGAUCUGUCUGCUCAUCAUCAUUCAGCUGUUCGUGUCUGGACUGAUCGUGCUGCUGCUGGAUGAGUUGCUCCAAAAAGGCUAUGGACUGGGUUCAGGGAUCUCGCUGUUCAUUGCCACCAACAUUUGUGAGACUAUCGUCUGGAAGGCCUUCAGUCCCACCACUGUGAACACUGGAAGAGGCACAGAAUUUGAGGGAGCAAUCAUUGCUCUGUUCCACCUGAUCGCCACAAGAACAGACAAAGUGCGUGCUCUAAGAGAGGCCUUCUACAGGCAGAACCUGCCCAACCUCAUGAACCUCAUUGCCACUAUUUUUGUUUUUGCUGUAGUGAUAUACUUUCAGGGAUUCAGAGUGGACCUCCCCAUCAAGUCGGCUCGCUACCGUGGCCAGUACAACACCUAUCCUAUCAAGCUGUUCUACACCUCCAACAUUCCCAUCAUCCUGCAGUCUGCCUUGGUCUCCAACUUGUACGUCAUCUCCCAGAUGCUUUCCACACGCUUCAGUGGGAAUUUCCUCGUUAAUCUGCUUGGAACGUGGUCUGACGCAACAUCUGGUGGCCCAGCUCGUGCCUAUCCUGUUGGGGGUCUCUGUUACUACCUCUCUCCGCCCGAGUCUUUUGGUUCUGUUCUAGAGGACCCUGUUCAUGCGCUCAUCUACAUAUUUUUCAUGCUCGGCUCCUGUGCCUUUUUCUCCAAAACCUGGAUUGAAGUCUCUGGUUCUUCUGCAAAAGACGUGGCGAAGCAGCUGAAGGAGCAGCAGAUGGUGAUGAGGGGACACAGAGAAACCUCAAUGGUUCAUGAACUGAACAGGUACAUUCCUACAGCUGCAGCCUUUGGUGGACUGUGUAUCGGUGGUUUAUCGGUAAUGGCAGACUUCCUCGGAGCCAUUGGUUCUGGUACUGGUAUCCUGCUGGCUGUCACAAUCAUCUAUCAGUACUUUGAAAUCUUUGUCAAGGAACAGAGUGAAAUGGGCAGCAUGGGGGCCAUGUUUUUCUAGAGAAGCCAUAGUUUUUUCUAUCUUCAAUCAACUUUUAUCAAGAUCGACCUUGUGUAUUCAUUUUUUUUUGUUGUUGUUGUUUUUUUGUUACGAACAAAAAGAAGCCGCUGCRCUGUCAUCUUUGCAGUUUAAAGACAUUUGAGGAACCUUCAGGAGACUCUGCUGAAACGUGGUUCUGUCAGGUGGAGGAACAUGUUGAUUUUUCACAUUGUUUCCUCAGAUCUCUGAAACUCCAGUGAUCCAGAGACCACCACUCCUUUUUUUUCUUGUUUUUGUUUUUAACCAGACCACAGGUAAAACUCCACAAGAUUGUCUGAAAGGUUUCAUUUCAUUUGUUUGUUUUUAAUUAGUUUAACCCCCCCCACCCCCCGAUUUGACAUUGGAGCACUUCAAUAUGCAGGUAUAUUUGAUUUGAAUGACGGCCGUCAUCUGUUUAUGUGCUAAGUGUUGUCUUAGGUUAUAAUUUUACUGUUCACUUUUUAUUCGUUUGUGUGCCAGUCAGGUUACGGUUUGGAUCAGAAGACAAACUGUCAGGACCUUGAGUCAAGUACUGUUUAUGUUCCUUAAUGUGACCCCACAUUAGAACUUGGGGUCCUGCAACAUGAAACUGGAGCUCAUAUUGGGUUCCAGCUUCAAAACGGGCGGUUUGAACAAAAACCCAGUAAACCAUCUAAGAAUCAAGGCCGUUGUUGUUUUAAUGCAUGGCGUUCCCAGGGAUCUGCAGUAUUAACUCACGUCACACUUUAUUCUUGUUAUUCAAAUCCGAAGAUGUUUUGUUUUCUGGUUUUAAUUGUUUGCUCUAUAUGUAAUCACUUUUGGACAAAUACUUUGUUCCUGUACAUAGACCGUGCAUUGAAUACCUUUUUGAAUUUGUCUUAAGUGUAAGAAAGUUUUUGUUUAUGUAAAAACAAAACAAAAACAACAAAAAAAAAAAA